ACUAUUGGCUAGAUAUUGAGAAAGGCGGGUCACAGUUAGUGUCGUGCCCGCUGAUUGGACAAGAAAUGCAAUUAGUUGGUGUUCUUGAAGGACGUUAAGAAAAUGGCUGCGCUCAAGGGUCUUUUCUGUGGUGGGAAGAAUGCUUUUGGCGUGUUGUCACGGAGGGACUUCCAUCGAUCAACGCUUGCUGCCGUGCAGCUGACCUAUCGAGAUGCUCUAACUCAUGCCAUGGAUGAGGAGAUUGAGAGGGAUGAAACUGUGUUUCUGCUGGGAGAAGAGGUAGCACAGUAUGAUGGUGCAUACAAGGUGAGUCGUGGACUCUGGAAGAAAUGGGGAGACAAGCGAGUCAUAGACACUCCUAUUUCAGAGAUGGGUUUUGCAGGAAUUGCAGUUGGUGCUGCCAUGGCUGGCUUGAGGCCCAUCUGUGAAUUCAUGACCUUCAAUUUUGCACUGCAAGCCAUUGACCAAGUUAUAAAUUCUGCUGCCAAAACACACUACAUGUCAGCAGGUGCAAUUCCUGUUCCUGUUGUCUUCAGAGGUCCAAAUGGUUCUUCAGCUGGAGUUGCAGCUCAGCAUUCCCAGUGUUUUGCAGCAUGGUAUAGCCACUGUCCUGGGCUAAAAGUGAUUAGUCCUUGGAGUGCUGAAGAUGCUAAAGGGUUGCUGAAAUCUGCUAUCCGAGAUGAUAACCCCGUUGUUUUUUUGGAAAAUGAACUGAUGUAUGGUGUGCCUUUUGAAGUCUCUGAGGAAAUCCAGUCAAAGGAUUUUGUUAUCCCAAUAGGAAAAGCCAAAAUAGAAAAAGAAGGAACUAAUGUCACUUUAGUUGCACACUCCAAAAGUGUGGGGCAUUGCCUGGAUGCAGCUGUUGCUCUUGCAAAGGAAGGCAUUGAUUGUGAGGUCAUUAAUAUGCGUACCAUCAGACCCCUGGAUAUUGAAACAAUUGAAGCCAGUGUGAUGAAGACCAAUCAUCUGCUAACAGUUGAGGGUGGUUGGCCACAGUUUGGAGUGGGUGCUGAAAUCUGUGCCAGAAUUAUGGAAGGACCAGCAUUUAACUAUCUGGAUGCCCCAGCUGUGCGUGUCACUGGUGCUGAUAUUCCUAUGCCUUAUGCAAAGAUCUUGGAAGACAACUGUAUACCUCAGGUUAAAGAUGUAAUUUUUUCGGUCAAGAAGGUACUCCACGUGUAAUUGCACUUACUGCUGUUUUUCCCCCACCCCAAUCUCCAUUUAAAUCCUUUCACUGAUGGUGUAUGUGUGUGUUAGGCUUAAUAGGUGCUGUGUCAUCCUGCAGGGAGGGCAGAACAUUCAAUGUUUUGUAGCACAAAAGUUGUCGGAAAACUGUCGUACACAAAAUAAUCUGUGGGAAAGCUUAUUUUGAGUGGUAAUUUCUCCUCCUCCUCCCUAGUUGAUGUAUAUUUUUUAAUGUUCAACAGGAAGCAGUGUGCAGUGCUCCAAAAUAAGAAUAUCUCACCAGUGCCAUGUUCAAGUGUUUAAAAAUAUGGAUGCCAGCGAUAUACUGAAAAAUUAGAUCAUGCUUUCAUUCAAAUCCUCAAAAAAGGGAUAAUCAAAUCCUUGUUUCUGUUACUUUCCUAGUCCAAAUCAGCUGCACUGUUUCCUGAUGGGUCAGUCUAGGUAGGUUCAGACUGUCUGCUUUUUUAAGCAAUAUUGUGCCCAUCAGUUAAGGGAUUGUUAUAAAAGCUUUGCUUAAACUUCCUGUCUAUUGUUUGAAAUUCAGUUGACAGGUCCUACUGCUUUUUAAAACAUGCAAAUUUCUGCAACUGGUCACUUGGAGUAUUAUGAAAAUCUUUCAGCAUUAAUGCUCUCAACUAUUUAUAAACUUAUUUUGAAAAUGCACACCUGUUUAGUUUACAAAUAGAUCAGCCUCUUGCUAUGUUUAUUGAGCUGUAUGUGUUAAUUACAGAUAUUGUAAAUGUUCUUUAACUAAGACAUUCUUCUAAAGAUAAUGUACCAGUUUGUGAUUGUAUGUGGGCUGAUUUAGUUUUGUAUAACUCCAGUGAAACUAAUUGGAUGAAAUUAAAGUCUAAACAAACAGUCUGUUUUUUUAAAAAGGAAAGUGACUCUUCCUCCCUCCCAAAAUCCUUUCAGCAACAACAUGUCUAAAUAUUACUACUGAACACUGUUCCUCUUGCCCAGUAGAGCAGAAUCUAAACUUAAGGCUCCAGCAGUUUGACUUGAGAUAAAGCUAUUUUAAAUUGUCUAUACAUUUGUAAGUUAAUGGUUUCAAAUUGUUUUAUAUACAAGUAAUAGGCUUAAUCCUGUUUUUUUUUUUUGUUGCCUGUUAUUCAUUCACUGCAUGGGACAGUCAUAUAUUUUUGAACUAAGUCUCCCCUGAUUUAGUGUUGCUAGAUUUGUGCUGUGAUGGAUAUAGGGUUGAACCCAUAACUUUGACCAAUUGAAUGCCUAGAUAUCAGGGUUUCAGAUACCAAGUCAUUAGAAGUAUUUUCACAUUUGAAAUUAUGUAUUACAUAUAGUCCAUUUUUAAAAAUACUUUGCCACAUCUUCUGAAAUAUGCUGAGUUCAAGUGUCUGACAACUUUUUAAAAUCUUAAAUUGGUUAAAAAAACCCUCUUCAGUGACAACAAAAUUUGAAUGAGGCUGGAGAAUUACUACUAAAGAUUCCCAUGUACCUUUAUCAGUAUGUAAAACCCAGACAGUCCAUUAUUUCUUACUCAAAGACACUAGAGGAAUAAACCUCAAAUCUGUUUCUAAUUGGCAGGAAUUGUUAAUUGCUGUAUGAUCAUUUGAAAUUUUUGUAAAGUUUGUGUGCAACUGCCUAAGUAGAUCUCAUGCAUUCAUAAUAAAAGUAAACAGAGAAACUUUAGACAUUGAUUAUGUUGACAUUGAAGUAGAUAGACAAGACUUAGAAUGGCAAACUGCCCUUUACAUGUAAAAGCUGUAUAUGUUUCUGAAAUAAAAUCAGCAUCAAUGUCUUCUGACGGGGGAAUAGUUCAAGGUUUCCCACUCUCCCUUGUACUGCUCCUCAGCUCUGUUUAGAAAUGUAUAAAGCUUUACCCAAGUUUGCAUUUUCACAGCAGAGAUGCCCAAAACUGGUGAAUAACAGAACAAUUAUUUUAAUAAAAAUAUUAAAACAA